AUGGGCUCCUCCGACAUCCCGCCCGCCUCGGCGCCGGCAUGGCUCAUCCCCGCGUCGACGCUGUGCCUCUCCGCCGGCGUCGGCCUGUGGCUCGCCUGCUACGUGCUCAUGGCCCGGCGCGCCGCGCGCACCCUCGCCACGCCCAUGCCUCUGCUCGCCCUCGGCCUCAACCUCGCCUGGGAGGUCGUCUUCGCCGCGUACGUGACCGAGAUGCCCAUCGAGCGCGUCGGCUUCGUCCUGUGGCUGCUCUUCGACCUACCUUUACUGCGCGCGACCGUCGCCCACGCGCGGCACUCGUUUGCGGACGCGCCGCUCAUCGCGCGCCACGUAAAGGGCAUACUUGCGCUCAUCUUUGUGGCCGGGCUGGCGGGCAACUACGCGUUCGCGGCGUGGUGGCUGGCGGAGCCGCACCGCGGACACGGGCGCAAGGACGGCAAGCCGUGGCGAGGCCGCGAGGGCAGGGACACGACGGAGCUGGCGUGGUGGUCCGCCGGCGUGGCGCAGAUGGUGCUGAGUGUGUCGUGCGUGGCGAUGCUGCUGAGCAGAGGGCACUCGGGCGGGCAGAGCUACGGCAUCUGGCUCUGUCGCUUUGCUGGCUCGCUCAUGGGGUUGCCCGUGACUUGCGGCCUGCUCUGGUGGUACUGGCCCGAGCCUCACGGGUUCAUCUUUCACCCACUCUCCUACAUCAUCAUGGUGCCCACGUUUGCCUGUGACAUUGCGUACCCGUUCCUUCUGGCCCAUGUUCGAAGAACAGAAAAGGUACUCCCGAACGGCAUGGUGGUCGCUGGCGGUGGCGACGAGACCAAGAAGAGGCAGUAG